AUGGAAAAUCAAGUGGAACCUAGUUAUCAUAUCAAAUCUUGGCAAAUUAAAAGACUUGUUCGUGGCACAAGAUUAGACAAGGAGAAGAUGGAAAGAAUAUGUAAAAUUUUGAAGAAACAAGACAGGUUGGAGAGCCUAAUUGAUAAGAAAGGUUUAUGUUGUCACCAUACCAAAUUGGUAAGCUCGCUAACUCAGUUGAAAUCAAUAGUCUUGAAAUUCAAUAAUAUUAACGAAUACGAAAUGGAGUCAAUUGCCUCAAUGAAUAAGUUAAUAUCACUGGAUAUAGGCUGUGCUCGUACUAAUCUAGAAGGGAUUAAGAUCCUCAGCUCUAAGGAUAACUUUACAGAGCUCAAUAUUGAAUUUUCUUUUUUUGAUCAAGUUCCUUAUAUGGAAUACGUUAGUAAGAUGACCGACCUGCGAAAAUUGGACAUUUCUAAUAAUCCUAUAAGUUUAAAUCGGGCUAAAUCUGCUAAUUAUUUAAAAUCACUUGAAAAACUUACCGAUUUGACUGUUACGUAUCUUGAUAUGGAUCUUGAAUUUUUGAAAUCUAUUUCCAAUUUGAAAUUUCUAACAAGUCUAUCUAUUUAUGGUAAUUUGGUGGGGAUUGAAGGUGUUAAAAUCAUAUGUUCAAUGUUUCAGUUGAAAAAACUAGAUAUAACCCUAAAUGCCAUUGGAGAAGAAGGUGCAAAACUAAUUAGCAAUUCUCUCAAACAAUUAAAUACCCUCCGUAUUGGAGACAAUCAAAUUGGAGACAAAGGAGCAGAGAGUAUUAGCUCAAUGAAGACGUUAACAGCCCUUGAUUUAGAGGAAUCAAAUAUUGGACCUCAAGGAUUGGAAUUUAUUUGCCAAAUGGAUCAAUUGAAAAGCUUAAUGUUAAAUUUUAAUACUAUAGGUGGUAGUAGGUUACCAAUUAAUGCGCUCACAAAUUUAACUGAAAUCAGUCUAGUUUUAACAAAUAUAGGAAUAGAAAUAGUGAAAUCCAUAAGCUUGAUUACCAAGUUGAGAAAUGUUAAUAUUAGUGACAACAGAUUGGGAGAUGAAUGUUUAGAAAUUAUAGGCAAUUCUCUUUUCAAUUUAACAGAACUUGAUAUUUCUGAGAAUAAUAUGACUGAAAACGGAACCAAAUAUUUGAGCUCACUAAAAAAUUUAACACAUUUGAAUGCCGAAGAUAAUAGACUUAAUGAUGAAUCUAUUCAACAUUUAUGUUCAUUGAAGAAGUUGAAGUCUCUGUAUAUUAAUAAUAAUCAAGUUGGAGACGAAGGCUUUGCACUAAUUGCCAAUUCCAUGAAACAAUUACGGUUAGUACACGCCCAUAAUAAUAAGGAAACUGAAAUUGGAAGAACACUUCUCAAGUCAAGGAAACAUUUAUUAACAUCAGUUUGGCAAGAUAAUGAUGGUGAGUGA